AUGAAGGGCCUCAACCUGCUCUGCUGCUGCGUGGCCUCGCUCCUGCUCCUCAGCACUGCAGAGCCGCAUGUCCCCAGCACGGACCCUGUCGGCAGUGCUGCCGAAAGCCCCUUGCCAGCCACAGAGCCCAGGCUGGAGAAGGCAGCUGACAGCAGCCCUGAGGAGGACCAGGAGGGUGGCCCUGCCAACACCUCCUUGCCUGGCACCACUGAGGAGGGACACAGAGAGGGGGAGGAAGAGCUGGUGGGUGGCCUGACCGAGGACCUGGGGCCAGGGGAUGGACAGCUGGAGGAGACCACCACGGAGAAGGACAAGGAAGGGCCCAGCAAGGUGCAGGGCCCAGGGGUGGACACCAUGUUGGGCAACCCUGAGGCAGUGCAUCACGAAAGGAAACAUGGGCCUGGCCCACAAGAUGGUCUCUGUGCCCGGGAGGAUGAGGAGCCCAGCGCCAAGGAAGUAGCCUCUGAGGAGCAAGGGCAGCCUGGGGAAGAGAAAAUGAAGGAGCCAAGAGCGGUGUCUGCUCCCAAGGCAGGAGAGGAAGGGGGCGAGCAGAGCUCAGAGGAAGAUGACGAGCAGGGGGAGUCUGAGGAAGAUGAACAUGAUGAAUCUGAGGAAGAUGGAGGUGGAGAGUCCAAGGAGGAAGGAGAGUCUAAGGAGGAGGAAGAGUCUGAGGAAGAUGGUGCUGGGCCAGUGGGGCCAGAGAACGGAGCUGAACGGAGUGACAAGGAAGCAGUUGGCUCUUCCAGAAAAAAGGUCCAUGGCAAACCAGAAGCUGCCAGCAAGGGAGAAGCCGGGAAUGGCCCUGCCAGCUGUCAUCACCCACCCUGUGACAACAUAGCAGAAGACCUGCCAGAAGCGGUGGAAGACCCACCAGCAGCAGUGGAAAACUUACCAGCAACAGAAGACCCGCCAGCAGUGGUGGAAAACCCACCAGCAACAGAAGAUCCACCAGCAGAAGACCCACCAGUAGCAGAAGACCCACCAACAGUGGCAGAAAACCCCGUAACAGCAGAAGAUCCACCAGUAUCAGAAGACCCCCCAGCAGUGGUGAAAAACCCCCCAGCAGCAGAAGACCAUCCAGUAGCAGAAGAUCCACCGGCCGUGGUGAAAAACCCUCCAGCAGCAGAAGACCAUCCAGUAGCAGAUGACCCCCCAGCAGUCGUGAAAAACUCCCCGGCGGCAGAAGACCCCCCUGCAGACAAGCCAUCGCUGGCAGAAACAGAGAGCCCACCCGGCCACAGUGCCCACUCAGCUGCCACCGAGCUCCGGCACAGCCAGAUAGAAGAGGUUGAAGAUGCCAGCGAGCCCACCAAGCGUGACCGGUCCCACUUGGAGAGCACCCUCAAGCUGAACGAGGACAAACCUGCCGAUGAUUUCUCAGGAGCACUGCAGCGCCUGAGGAAGAUCUACCACACCUCCAUCAAGCCCCUGGAGCAGUCCUACAGAUACAACGAGCUGAGGCAGCAUGAGAUCACAGCUUACCCUGGACGCACCCUGGGCUCCUCUGCCACAGAUGGGGAGAUCACUUCCAAGCCAAUGGUGCUAUUCCUGGGACCGUGGAGCGUUGGCAAAUCCUCCAUGAUAAACUACCUCCUUGGGCUGGACGACACUCCCUACCAACUUUACACAGGGGCAGAACCCACCACCUCCGAAUUCACUGUCAUCAUGCACGGCCCCAAGCUGAAGACCAUUGAAGGCAUUGUGAUGGCUGCUGACAGCUCCCGCUCCUUCUCGCCCCUGGAGAAGUUUGGGCAGAACUUCUUGGAGAAGCUGAUAGGGAUCGAGGUGCCUCACAAACUGCUGGAGCGAGUCACCUUUGUGGACACACCAGGCAUCAUUGAAAACCGCAAGCAGCAAGAACGAGGUUACCCAUUCAACGAUGUGUGCCAGUGGUUCAUUGACAGAGCUGAUCUCAUCUUCGUUGUCUUUGACCCUACCAAGCUGGACGUGGGCUUGGAGCUGGAGAUGCUGUUUCGCCAGCUGAAGGGCCGCGAGUCUCAGAUCCGUAUCAUCUUGAACAAAGCUGACAGCCUGGCUACCCAGGAGCUCAUGAGAGUCUACGGUGCCUUAUUUUGGAGCCUGGCUCCUCUCAUCAACGUCACAGAGCCACCCAGGGUGUAUGUUAGCUCCUUCUGGCCCCAGGAGUACCAUCCGGAUACCCACAAAGACCUGUUCCUCAAAGAAGAGAUAUCACUCCUGGAAGAUCUCAACCAGGUGAUUGAGAACAGGAUGGAAAAUAAGAUCGCCUUCAUACGCCAGCAUGCCAUCCGGGUGCGCAUCCACGCCCUUUUGGUCGAUCGCUAUCUACAGACCUACAAGGACAAAAUGACCUUCUUUAGCGAUGGAGAACUGGUGUUCAGGGACAUUGUGGAAGAUCCUGACAAGUUCUUUAUCUUUAAAUCCAUUCUGGCAAAGACCAAUGUCAGCAAAUUUGACCUCCCCAACCGUGAGGCUUACAAGGACUUCUUUGGCAUCAACCCCAUCACCAGCUUUAAGCUGCUGUCUCAGCAGUGUUCCUACAUGGGAGGGUGUUUCCUAGAGAAGAUCGAGAAGGCCAUCACUCGCGAGCUUCCUGAUCUCUUGGGAAGCAUUGGCCUGGGGAAGAAGCCCAACGUUCUCUCCUGCGACAUCACUGGAUGUGGUGAAACCCCCAAAAAUCGCUACAGGAAACCCUAAGGUGUUCUGUAAUAUAACCAUCCACAUGUUCCUACCAGUGAAUGAGCUUAUGUCUUAUCUGUCCAAGAAGCCGUGGUUUGUUAACCCUUUGAGUGCCAUGCUGGCAAAGGCUACUGUACAAUGAGGACUUUGAGUCAUUGACAUCGAUGGCAGGGGAAGAUGGGUGGGCAUAAGAAAGAGAAUAAAAACUGUGAAUUCCUGA